AUGCUAGACACAGCUAGCAAUGGGAACUUCCUCAACCAGGAUGUAGAUGAUGGCUGGCAACUUGUGGAGAACAUAGCUAACUCAAAUGGAAGCUAUGGAGAAGAGUAUGAUCGCACCAACCGGAGCUCGACCCACCACUCGAUCGAGUCAGACGAAAAGUUGAGAAAAGAUGUUAAGGCAUUGAAUGAGAAGUUGGAUAAGCUGAUCCUAGCUCAGUCCACAAUGAAGAAAGUCAACUUUGUGUCUGCUGAGGAGAUGGAACCAGUCCAAGAAGGGGAGGAUACACAAUUUGCUGAGGUGUGCUACAUGAGCAAUGGGCAAGGAGGUUACAACAAAGGAUACUAUAACUACAAGUCCAACCCUGCCAUGUCAUACCGCAACACUGAUGUUGCUAACCCUCAGGACCAAGUAUAUCCUCAACAACAAGCAGCUCGAUCGAGUCAGGUGCCACAACAUGGGUAUGGUCAAAAGAACAAUUACCAAGGACCACAAGGCACUUUCCCUGGACAACAAAUGAAUAUCCCACCAGGCUUCCCCCACCAACCGCCCCAGCCUGCACCUUCACAAGAGAAUGAGCUCAAAGCAAUGCUAAAGCAACUACUUCAAGGGCAAGCUGAUGGGGUAGUGGACACAAGCAAGAAGCUAGCUGAAAUAAACUCUAAGAUCGAGAACCUCAACACAAGGGUUUACUCUCUGGAGAAUCAUGCUUCUUCUGUUGCUGCUGCUACAAAGCAAGGACAACUACCUGGUAAAGCUAUUCAGAACCCCAAGGAACAGUGCAAAGAGAUUGUUGCUGCUGAGGCUCCUGGAGUCCAGAUUGAUCAACCAGAAGUGCAUGCACCUACUGUGGCCAUUCACACUUCACCAGUUGAGCUCGCACGACAAGCUCGAUCGGCAGCUCGAUCGAGUCCAACUCUAGCUCGAUCGAGUCCGACCUCUUAUGUCCGACAGCCUGUUUUGCUUGAUCCUUAUCAAGGAAGCCACACACAUUUCAACGAUGAAGAAGAGGAGGAGAGGAGCCACAAGCUCGAUCGAGUGAGCCGCAAGAGGCAACCCCAGUUGCAUGGAGCGCUCCUGAUGGCCGUCUCCCAUCUCCAGACCACGACCUAG